AUGUCGCGCGCAGUUACCUGGAUGAAGAUGGCCGGAGCUGGCAUAGUUCUCUGUGUCGGCGGCCCAGCUUUUGUUCAAUAUAUUCGUCCAACAGAGGAGGAGCUUUUCAAGAGAUAUAACCCUGAGCUUCAAAAGAAGAGUCUUGAGAAUCGCGAACGCCGUGAGAAGGAAUUCGAUGACUACGUCACCAAGUUGAAGGAGUGGUCAAAAUCGGACAAGUCCAUCUGGGUGUCCGCUCAAGAAGAUGCAGACAGGAAACGUGCAGAGAUGGAAGCGCGUACGGUCCGUGCGAAGGAAGAAGCCAGGAUACAAAGGGAAGAAAUGCGAAAGGAGCUACAGGGCGAGAAAUGA